AUCGGGGAUUUUUCGCUUCCACGAUUUCAUGGGAAGCAUAAUUAUGCUAUAUCUGGUUGUCACGAGCUUGACAUUGUAUUGAACCAGGUAAGUAGGCAAAUACUAUCUCGUAGUCUUGAUCUGCAGAUUCUAGAGUACAUAAUUGAUGAUUAUGUCCGAUAUUGGUACGCCCACCUAACAAGUGAAACGGAAUUUCCCGAUCAAUUGCACGCAGCCAUUGCACAACUGGCAAGUAAGGUUGCGAAACGCGCCCAACGAAUUGACUGGGUGCCUUUCAUGAUUGAAGGCAUCCCAAACAUGGUUAUCGAACAUCUUCGUAUUCACCGUAGAUCAUUGGAAAGACGACCACUGGCUAAUACUGAAGAACAAAUCAAGCUCUUUUUCGACGAAGAAGUUGAAAUGGAAAAACAGAUAUGUCGUGAGGCUAUUUGCACUUCGAAAACCAGGGAGCGAAAUCAUCUCCGAAAGGUGACGGAUGUAUUUCUUUUUGCGAUCAUGCCGGAAGAGGACUACCGAAUAGUAACAGUGCGCUACCUAAUUAAGGUACUUCGGUUUCGACCUACCCGACUUUCCACCUUGCAGGAGAUCCUUGUAAAUGGUGUUCUACUUCCAGCUGUUAACAUUCUUGCCGAUUCGGACUUUGUAAAUCAGUCCAUUAUCAAACUGUGCAACGAAUCCGCAUUUGCUAGUCCCUACUUCAUCCAAUCCCUGCGGAUGUCGACACGAGAGGACGAGUUACAGGCGGUGAAGGAGCGCAUUGAAAUUUUCUCUGCCAAAUUACGUGGUCACGAUUCUGGUGGUGAUGAUGUGUCUACUGAACAAUUCGAGGUGGUUCUUUUGAGAUGA